CACCGGCUGGGCUGACAACAAAACACUCAUGUUGCCACAAUGACGAUCUAAAGAGUCACUAACAAAUUAUUAUAAGGUGUCUUCACUAUAGCAGCCAUACUGGGGGUGCCCGCUGUGACUCUUGGUCUUCUUCAUCAUGGCCUCCGCCGCGUGACUAAGCGAAGAUUAUGAACGACCUGUUUUCGGUAUCUGUGAACAGUAGUUUUUCCUCUAGAAAGUCACACGUCAGUAACCCAGCUGGGACUCGUCACUUCCGGGCUCGGCUGACACUCAGUCUUCCCGGUUCCUGCGUCGUCCUUCUCGGUAGAGAGAUAUGCACUGUACCGGCGGGAGAUCUUUACAUUCUCUAGCGAAUUUGGACACCAAUUUGUUUUCCUGCAAUUUCUUUCUCCACCUAUGAUGUUGAACAGAAGCUCCUUCACCACCCUUGUGGUUGGAGUGUUUAUUGUAUAUGUUGUUCAUACCUGCUGGGUGAUGUAUGGCAUUGUCUACACUAAGCCCUGUGAAAGCCACAGUGACAACUGCAUCAAGCCGUACUUAUCCCGGAGGCCGAAGCUGCAAUUAAGUGUAUAUACCACAACAAGGACUAGUAUUAGUGCUGAAAACAAUGUUGAUUUGGUUCUGAAUGUUGACAAUUUUGACGUGGAAUCAAGAUUUGAAAGAACUGUGAAUGUCACUGUACCUAAGAAAACCAGAAAUAAUGGGACAUUGUAUGCAUAUAUCUUUCUGCAUCACUCGGGAGUCUUACCGUGGCAUGAUGGCAAGCAGGUGCAUAUUGUGAGUCCACUGACUACUUACAUGGUCCCUAAGCCAGAAGAGAUAAAUCUCAUAACAGGAGAGACUGGCACCCAGCAAAUUGAUACUGACAAAAAAGAAACAAAUGCUUUGGAUGAACCUGUCUCACACUGGAGGUCACGGCUGACACUGAAUGUUAUGGUAGAAGAUUUUAUUUUUGAUGGUUCUUCACUACCUGCGGAUGUUCAUAGAUACAUGAAGAUGAUACAGUUGGGGAAAUCUGUUCAUUAUCUUCCUAUAUUAUUUAUUGAUCAGUUAAGUAAUCGAGUGAAGGAUUUAAUGAUGAUAAACCGUUCCACAAUAGAGCUUCCUCUUACUGUUUCAUAUGACAAGAUAUCACUAGGAAAACUUCGAUUCUGGAUUCACAUGCAAGAUGCUGUCUACUCUCUACAGCAGUUUGGCUUUUCAGAAAAAGACGCAGAUGAAGUAAAGGGAAUAUUUGUGGAUACCAACCUUUAUUUUCUAGCGCUCACAUUCUUUGUGGCAGCAUUUCAUCUGCUGUUUGAUUUUCUUGCAUUUAAAAAUGACAUUAGUUUCUGGAAAAAGAAGAAAAAUAUGGUUGGGAUGUCAACAAAAGCAGUAUUAUGGCGAUGCUUUAGUACUGUCGUAAUCUUCCUUUUCCUUCUGGAUGAACAAACCAGUUUGUUAGUAUUGAUCCCAGCAGGCAUUGGAGCUGUAAUAGAAGUCUGGAAGGUCAAGAAAGCCUUGAAAAUAACCUUUCUAUUCCGAGGUCUGACUCCAGUAAUCAAGUUUGGAGCCUGCAGUGAAUCUGAAAAGAAAACGGAAGAAUAUGAUACCCAGGCCAUGAAAUACUUGUCUUACUUAUUAUACCCAUUAUGUAUUGGAGGGGCAGUUUAUUCACUAUUGAGUAUAAGAUACAAAAGUUGGUAUUCUUGGUUAAUCAACAGCUUUGUCAAUGGUGUCUAUGCUUUUGGAUUCCUUUUCAUGUUGCCCCAGUUAUUUGUAAAUUAUAAGAUGAAAUCUGUGGCACAUUUACCAUGGAAGGCAUUCACAUAUAAAGCAUUUAAUACAUUUAUUGAUGAUAUCUUUGCCUUUAUUAUUACCAUGCCAACAUCACACAGACUGGCAUGUUUUAGAGAUGAUGUGGUCUUUCUAGUUUAUUUGUAUCAAAGAUGGCUUUAUCCUGUGGAUAAAACUAGAGUGAAUGAAUAUGGUGAAUCCUAUGAAGAGAAACCAAAGCGGAAGCCACAUAUAAACUAGACUUCAUUCAUAUGGACUUCCUUAUAUCUCUUACUUGAAAGAUACGGAGUGCAAUGAAGAAACUAGUGAAAUUAUCAAUGAGUAUUUUUGAAUGCAGCGGCUAACAUUUCCAGACGCUAUACCGUCUACAUUGCCAAAAUAAUACAAUGUGUUUCCUUUUAAACAUGUUUCCCACAGCAUUCUUCUGUUUUGUUUUACAACAUCUUUUAUUUCAUAUGGCCAGAUUGAAGUUCUUACAAGAAAAUGGUAAAACUGGUAAUGUUGCUUACGACGACUGCCUUUUGUGCAGAGACUACUGUGCAUUCCUCAGAGUUUGAGACUUUGGUGUACCGAAGCUCUUGUUGACUGUAUAUAAUAGAUAACUCUCCAUUCCAUACCACUAUCCUAACCUAGCAUAUAAAGUCACCAACAUUCCGUUUCACUUAUUUACAUGAGAUAUGCAAGGUACUUGCAUAUUCAAAAUCUUAAAGAAACAUUACCUAGGAAAAAAAGGGAACAUGCGAAACCCAAGCUUGAAAUAUCAUGGCAUUUGAUAUUGCACUUUGCAUCAUUGUUGGAAUUACUUGCACUCUUUUAUUAAGUUUUUCCAUGCAUGUUUUGACUGAGGCAGCAUGUUUUUGGGUCAUUAGGAUAUAUGCAUUUCUCCCUGGAUAAAAGAAGUCCGUAUUUUGAUGACCAACAUAAAAGGUUAAUAAUUGUCCAAUAGGAAAAAAUAUAGGCCCUCAUUCCGAGUUGUUCGCUCGGUAUUUUUCAUCGCAUCGCAAUGAAAAUCCGCUUAGUACGCAUGCGCAAUGUUCGCACUGCGACUGCGCCAAGUAACUUUGCUAUGUAGAAAGUAUUUUUACUCACGGCUUUUUCAUCGCUCCGGCGAACGUAAUGUGAUUGACAGGAAAUGGGUGUUACUGGGCGGAAACACGGCGUUUCAGGGGCGUGUGGCUGAAAACGCUACCGUUUCCGGAAAAAACGCAGGAGUGGCUGGAGAAACGGUGGGAGUGCCUGGGCGAACGCUGGGUGUGUUUGUGACGUCAACCAGGAACGACAAGCACUGAACUGAUCGCACAGGCAGAGUAAGUCUGGAGCUACUCUGAAACUGCUAAGUAGUUAGUAAUCGCAAUAUUGCGAAUACAUCGGUCGCAAUUUUAAGAAGCUAAGAUUCACUCCCAGUAGGCGGCGGCUUAGCGUGUGUAACUCUGCUAAAUUCGCCUUGCGACCGAUCAACUCGGAAUGAGGGCCAUAAUGUGUUCUUUUAACUUAAAAAGUAGCAGUCUGGGUCCUUUUUUUGUGUAUCUUUUGUACCUAGCUCAAAAUAAGGAAUGUGAAAUGACAAUAUUUUAACCUUUACAAUGUGUAUCAACUACUAUGCUUCUGUGCCAAUAGAAUAUCCAAUUUUUUCCACCUAAUUUCAAGCACAGGCAGCUGUAACAGUACAGUCAUGUGUUCCCAAGUCUAAUUAUACCACAAUGAAACUAUUGGUACUAUUAAAAAAAAAAUAAUAAUAAUACUAUAGAUAUCUUCCCUCGUGUCAGCUGAAAUUAUUUUGUUUGGUUUUUAAUGUUUUCAUAAAUUGAAUUCCUAUUGAGCCUCAAUAUAAAUGAUAUGCUUGAAUGUGUAUGUUUUAUAUAAAGUCUGCAAUUUUGUCCAUUCA